CGUUAGUGGAUCCUGAAGCAAAGCGAAUCUGUUUAAGAAAACCUUCCUUGUUUCCUGAUCCUGGACCAAUCAUAGGGCAGUGGUGUUGAAGCACAGCUACAGUAUAAACCUCGACUCAGUGACUAAUCAGCGCAGUCUGACUUCGCCUCAGUCACAGCACCCGCCUCGCAAAGCAGUCCCAUCAACAGAAGUGCUACCAUGGUGUCCCACAAAGAGUUCGAGAGUGCUGGGAAGCAGCCCGGCCUGCAGAUCUGGAGGAUUGAGAACAUGGACCUGAAGCCUGUCCCCAAGCCUCUCCACGGCAGCUUCUUCACAGGCGACUCCUACAUCGUCCUGCAAACCACGGCCGCCCCUUCCUACAACAUCCACAUGUGGCUGGGUGAGUGGGCGUCGGCUCUGUCCUCGCACAUUGGUGGCGUGGCCUCGGGGUUCAAGCACGUGGUGACCAACGACGCCAACGUGAAGAGGCUGCUGCACAUCAAGGGGCGCCGGAUCAUCAGGGCCACCGAGGUGGACUUGUCCUGGGGCAGCUUCAACAAGGGAGACUGCUUCAUCAUCGACCUGGGCAAGGACAUCUACCAGUGGUGCGGCAGCGAGUGCAACCGCUUCGAGCGGCUGAAGGCCUCCCAGGUGGCGAUCGACAUCCGCAACAACGAGAGGAACGGCCGCGCCAAGAUCACCAUGGUCGAGGAAGACGCCGAGCCCCAGGAGAUUAUCGCCAUUCUGGGUGCGAAGCCUGGGAUCCCACCGGGAGGCCCUGAUGACGAGGCUGUGGAGACUGCCAACAAGAAUAAAGGCAGUCUUUACAUGGUCUCAGAUGCUACUGGGUCAAUGAAGACAUCCCUUGUGGCUCAGUCUAGUCCCUUCAAGCAGGCCAUGCUGUCCCCUGAUGAGUGCUACAUCCUGGACAAUGGAGUGGACAACAAACUCUUCUUGUGGAAAGGAUCGAAUGCCAACACUGGUGAACGCAAAGCAGCAAUGAAGACAGCCGAGCAGUUCAUCAAGGACAAAAAUUAUUCCUCCAAAACACAGGUACAGCGAGAACCCCAACCUCCGUUCUCCCCACAGGUCAAAGCCUGCGCCUCCUCCCUCAACACCAACGACGUGUUCGUGCUGAAGGCCCCCGACGCCACCUACGUGUGGAGAGGGGUUGGCGCCACCGAGGAGGAAGUGGCCGCCGCCAAGCAUGUGGUGGCCAUGCUGAAGGGCAGCGCCAGCGAGGUGUCGGAGGGCAAGGAGCCUGCUGGAUUCUGGGCGGCUCUGGGCGGCAAGAAGGAGUACCAGACCUCUAGGAGCCUGCAGAAGGCCGUGACGCCACCGCGCCUGUUCGGCUGUUCCAACAAAACUGGGCGCCUCGUUGCGGAGGAGGUGCCCGGAGAUUUCACCCAGGCCGACCUGGCCACCGACGACGUCAUGCUGCUGGACGCUGGCGAUCAGAUCUUCCUGUGGAUCGGGAACGAAGCCAAUGACGUGGAGAAGACUGGCGCUCCCAAAAUAGCGAAGGAAUACGUGGAUUCAGACCCCUCCGGACGGCGCGGCAUCCCAGUUACCACCGUCAAGCAGGGACACGAGCCGCCCACCUUCACUGGCUGGUUCAUGGCCUGGGAUUCCAACAUGUGGGACACAGACCCCCUGGACAGAAUCAGGGCUCAUUUCUAAACCUGUCAGCUCUCUCACACACACGCUCACACGCACGCAAGCUCGCGGGCCUCCUUUGGGUCACACUAUCCGCAUUCCGCCUUCCUGGGCAGGGGCUGCAGCGUCUUUUCAGUGUGGGGGUGGACAUCCAGACGUGUCUGCUCACAUCCGCAAAUAUUAUUGAGCAGGGCCGUACCGGAGUCCUUUUUCCGGGGAAACGGCCUCUUACUGGAGAGAGCCAGUUCCAGGGCUGCCUUUCUAAGCGCAUGCUUCUUCCUCUUCUUUCAUGCCUUCUAUCAUUCUCAAGAGCCAGGUGCCAAACGUGACAGCAGCUGUUGCUUGGCAGCUAUAAGCUGUAUUUGCCAGUUGUGAGAUAUGGAAACACUCGGCAGUAAGACAUUCCCGCAGCACUGGGGGAACACAGGCGUGUUCCCAGAAACAAGACAGUCAUUCAAACCAUCAUCUUCUAUUUGUUUUAUUUCGAAGGAAUUGAUUUGUUUUCAGAUGUUACCUAAAAAACGUUCUCCUCUUCCAGGGAUUUCAAAGCCAUAGGCUUGUGUUACUGGUGCCUCUCUUAAGCUGAGCUGCUGAUGGCUUAAGUGAUACUCGCUGGCAUGACAUUUUAAAAUUCUGGUUUUAUUCUGUUUCUGGUGUCUACAGAACAUGGUUGGUUUGUAAUAAACAACAGUGGGCUUUUUGAA